AUGCAGAAGGCCAUGCGGCUCGAGGUGGGCUCGGCUGGACCCUGGCAAGGCGGUGUGGAGGGAGUGAUCGGGCAUUUUCGCCGCGGCCUGCAGCAGGCGCAAUUCGUCAUUUUCCGCCUAGGCCAGUCGUCUACGCAACUUGCGCGUCUUCAGCCACCACAGCCAAGACCGACGGACCCCAACCUCCACUCGCUUGCAUCAUCUGACCCGCUCAGCAGUCUUCAACACAGCGCCAGCCCGUCGCCCGUUGCCAUGUUCUUGACAAGGUCCGAGUAUGACCGCGGUGUCAACACCUUCUCGCCCGAGGGUCGCCUCUUCCAGGUCGAGUAUGCUCUCGAGGCCAUCAAGCUAGGCUCCGCCACCGUCGGCAUCGCCACCAAGGAAGGCGUCGUGCUCGGCGUCGAGAAGCGUGUACAGUCCAAGCUGCUCGAGUCUUCAUCCAUCGAGAAGAUCAUGGAGGUCGACCAGCAUCUCGGCGCCGCCAUGAGUGGUCUCACCGCCGACGCCAGGACCAUGAUCGAGCACGCACGCGUCACAUCCCAGAACCACGCCUUCACAUACGACGAAGAGAUCAAGGUCGAGUCCGUCACGCAGGCCGUCUGCGAUCUCGCCCUCCGCUUCGGCGAGUCGACGGCGGGCGACGAAGCCAUGAUGUCAAGACCUUUCGGCGUCGCGCUCCUCAUCGCCGGCAUCGACGAGAAGGGCCCACAACUCUACCAUGCGGAUCCCUCCGGUACCUUUGUGAGGUAUGACGCAAAGGCGAUCGGCAGCGGCUCCGAGGGUGCACAGACCGAACUCCAAGACAAGUACAACAAGGAUAUGUCGUUGAAGGAUGCCGAAAUCCUGUGCCUCCGCGUACUCAAGCAGGUGAUGGAGGAGAAGCUCGACCAGAACAACGUCCAGCUCGCGACAGUCACACCUAGAGUUGCCAAGGACGGUCGCCCGUCCGGACAGUUUGCCAUCAUGAAGGAGGAUCAGCUGCAGGCGCUGAUUGCUGAGAUGUAG